AUGGCCGACCCCUCGAGCCCGAACUACCCGGAGUCCCUGAACGCCCUGUUCAGCGAGCCCUCGCUAAACGACCAAUAUGACUUGAUAACCCUUGAAGACAGCCAGACAGCGCCGCUUCUCGAGCUGCCACUGGCAAAGGAAGUUUUCGGCCACAACUCCGACGAGGGAAGCCUCGAGCGCGUAUCCCGAGGCGAGAUCUCAUAUACCCAGUUCGUGUCGGAGAAAACGAAAGCGGUCGUUUCUGCGCCUAUCGAUGGCCUGAGUGCGGAGCAGCAGAAGUCGCAGCUGCUGCACAUUGGAUCGGCUGCGCUUUUUGCCUUCCUUCAGUCCAACGUCACUGGUCCUCCGCUCCAAUUCAAGUCCGCGGAUGUCAUUGUGCCCGAGGCGCUGCGCUCGAACCCCGCUACCGUCCGCGCGAUUUGUGAUAAGGUCAUUCGGGAUCUCUCUGUGGAUGGAGAGGCGGCGUAUAAGUUGACACCGAACGUGGAGCUUUUUGCUGUGGCUAAGGCUAUUCUGGUUGAUGCCGAUGUUCUUGUUGAGAACGGCCCAUUGGUGGCCAGGACUACACGGAUGCGCGUCAAUUUCCUACACCAGAAGAUGCUGUCUGAGGUUACGAGCACGCUGCAGGAUGUUAUCUACAAGGAUUUGGAUGUGAUGAGCGAGCUCCUGUUGGGCGAGAAGACCUCUGGUCAAGACAAGGGCAAGUUCUUGCUGGAACGUGCCACCAUCCAUAUUCACCACGGCUUCGAUGCGAAGGCGAGGACGGACCUUGAACGGGCUGCUGCGGAGCGCAAGUUCGAGUUUGCGCUUACUGGUAGGCUCGGAAAGCGGACCAAAUUCCAGCAAAGGGAUAUCAGUCAGCUUGUCAUUUUGGCGAAGAGUGCAGCGGAUGCGAGCAAGACUGAUGGUGCUGAGGCCUCGGUGGGGACGAACGGCGAUGCACUUGCGCCGAAGAAAUUGGAUCUCAACGAUGACACUCUGUUGGAGUCCAUCUCUUUCACGAAACCGGAGGAUCAAGAGCCGCAGGCAAAGCCUGUGACUGUGCAGGAGGAGUCAACGCUCCCGCCUGCAUUGGCAUCUCUUGACCCUGGAGACCAGCCAAUGCUGGACCCAGUUGACUCUGCUAUUCUUCUUUCCUUCGCCGCAGCCAUCACCAACACUCGACCUGAGGACGGACUUACGCGAGAAGAAACCGCUCCGUAUGCUACUCGUGUUCUUGACGGCGGUAGCUCAAACUGGCAAAUCUAUACACAAGGCUUGCUUCUACGAAGCCGAAUUGAAGGGUACAGAACCCGAACCGUGGAGAGAUCCGUCCUGCAGAUGCAGGCUCUCGUCGACCAAGUCCUUGCAGACACGGCCACACAAGACACCCAAACAACCGAAACCCAGCAAGAGCCGUCAACCUUCCUUCCGCGACCAGAAAAAGACGAGUCCGCAUCAGCCGCAGACCGUCUCAGGUACAUCUGGCUCCUGAGCUUCUCUACCCGCUGGGAUCUCGAAUCCGAGCUCGCCAACCGCUGGGUCAACCUUGGUGGUCUCCGAACAGCCCUCGACAUCUACGAGCGCCUACAAAUGUGGGCCGAGGUUGCGCUCUGCUACGCCGCCACGGAGAAAGAAGACAAGGCGCGCGUCACCGUCCGCCGCCAACUCUACGCACCAACCGGCUCCCCCGACGACGAAAACGAACGGUUCGAGGGCCCCGAACUCUCCCCCCUCCCCGCCGACGCCCCCCGCCUCUUCUGCAUCCUUGGUGACAUCCAAAGCGACCCAACCCUGUACGACCGCGCCUGGGAGGUCUCGAACAAGCGGUACGCGCGCGCCCAGCGCUCCCUCGCCCGCCACUUCCUCACCCUCAAGCCCCCCGCCCUCGAAAAAGCCGCCGAAGCCUACCAGAAGAGUCUACACAUCAAUCGCCUCAACAACAGCGCAUGGUUCGCGCUCGGCUGCGUUCAGCUCGAGCUGCAACGCUGGGACGAAGCAGUCGAGUCCUUCACGCGGACCGUGCAACUCGAAGACAACGACGCCGAGGCAUGGAGCAACCUCGCAGCCGCAAUGCUGCGCACCUCGAAGCCCUCAGAAGUCGACGACAUCGCAGAAGACCAGCAAGAACAACAAGUAUCCGAACCACCUGCAGACGACGAGGAAGAAUCCGAGCCAGCCAAGAAACCCGCUCGAGACCCGUACAAGCGCAAACGCGAGGCCAUCAACGCUCUCCACCGCGCCGCACAGCUGAAGAACACAGACGCCCGCAUCUGGGAUAACCUGCUUACCGUGUCCGCGUCCAUCCCACCGCCCCUAACACCCUGGCGCGACGUCAUCACCGCCCAGCGCAAAGUCAUCGAGCUCCUGGGCCCCAAGCAGGGCGAGAAAGCCGUCGACCUUCCAAUCCUCGGCAUGCUCGUCGACCACCUCGUGACCGACUAUAACUACGACGAUCUUCUCAUCACCACAUCCCACGCCGAAGACGGCGAGGGAACGACGAAGAUCGUCCGCAGCGGCACAAUCCCCGGCUCGAUCCUCAGCCUCAUCGAGUCCUCCAUCGUCCCGCUGAUCACGCACUCCGCGCCCCUGUGGCUCCUCGUCGCGACGGUCGAGCGGUUCCGCAACAGACCGUCCAAGGCCCUGGAGGCACAUGAGAAAGCAUGGCGUGCGACCGUUGCGUCGGCGAGCCAGGGUGCGUUCCAGAUGGGCGAUGAGAAGCGGUGGAUGGAGAUUGUGAGUUCCACCGAGCGCCUGGUGCGCAGGGGGUACGCGAAGUACGGGAUGUUGGAUCGGGAGGAUCAGGGUGAGGAGGUGGAGGAGAAGGAGCUUGUUGCGAAGGAUUGGCGGUUUAAGGCGCGGAGUGCGGUUAGGGGAGUUAUGGGGAAGGGGAAGGAGUUUUGGGGGGAUUCGGAGGGGUGGGCGAGGUUGAAGGAGUUGCAGGAGGAGGUUUCGGGGGGGAGGUAG